AUGCGUCGAGAGCGCAAGCUCAUUUCUCGCUCCACACGGCUAGGGCUGGAGGACCUGUGCUGUGUCCUAGGGCUCUGGACGCUGCUGGCCCUGCCAGGGGCCCUGGGCUCGGGCCGCGGCGCCGAGGACAGCCCGGGCUCCAGCUCCUCGGUCACUGUGGUCCUGCUGUUGCUGCUGCUUCUGCUGCUGGCCACUGGCCUGGCGCUGGCCUGGCGCCGCCUGAGCCGGGACUCGGGGGGCUACUACCACCCGGCCCGCCUGGGCGCCGCACUGUGGGGCCGCACUCGCCGCCUGCUCUGGGCCAGCCCGCCAGGCCGCUGGCUCCGGGCUGAGCUGGGGUCACCAGAAGAGGACCCGGAGCGGCAGGAGGACGAGCGGGACGUGGAAGAUGACUGCGACCUGGGUGGUGGCCAAGAGGAGCGUGAAUCCCAGGAAGAGGGGCAGCGUGGAGAGAGGCCCAGCCCACAGCAGGCCCCGGAGCCGGCCGAGGAAGCCUAUGACGAUGACACUGAAGGGGGCCUGGGCCUCGGCUCCCAGGGGCCGGUGGGCUCCAGGGGCAGUGCCGAAGCCCUGCUGAGUGACCUGCACGCCUUUGCUGGCAGCGCAGCCUGGGACGACAGCACUAGGGCAGCUGGGAGCCAGGGCCUCCAUGUCACCGCACUGUAG